AUGGCAAACGGGCCAGCAACUCAGCCCUUGCCCGACGAUGAUGAUGACCUUGCAAUGCCUGAGCUGAUUCCGGCACAGCAGGGCCUCGGAGCAGGUGGUGUUGUGCCUCCUCUGCCGUUGCACAGUGCGGCGUCUGUGCCAGGAAACCCUUGGCCCGCGAACAGCCCAUAUCCCGCGAACAGCCCUGUUGCCAGUGAUCAGGUUGCAGCUUUGCUUCAGCAGCUUGGGAGCACCACUAAUCUCUUGAGUCAGAUGGUCUUGCAACAGCAGCGCCCCACGGAUGAUUCCUCGCAGCAUCUAGGAUUGUCCGGCAAAGACAUGUCGCGGAUCAUGCCGCGCCCUGAGCCCUUUCGGGCUUCGACACGUGAACAGGAGCAUGCUGCAUGGCCAGCCUGGCUCUGGGGGCUGGAGCAAUACCUUGGGGUGUUAGAUCCUAAGUUUACUGAUGAGAUUGCUGAGCUAAAGUUGAAUUUGAACCGUGAAGUGAAUGUUGCGCCGACUGCCAGUGACAUCCUUGCUCGGUCGAGACAACUGUAUGCGCUUUUGUCAGUGCUCAUCAAGGGUCGCGGUUUUCUUGUGGUAAAGUCUGUGUCAGGGAACAGCGGCUAUGAAGCGCUGAGGCAGCUUAUAUCCGUGUAUGCGCCCCAGAGCAAGUCUCGAAGCUUAGGGAUCUUGACUGCCCUCACGCAAGUCAGUGCGUUCAAAGGUGGUGAAGCAUUGUUUCCACAAAUCCUUGAGUUGGAGAGGGUGUUCACGGAAUAUGAGACUGCUUCCCAGCAACUCCUUCAGGAGGAGCUCAAGACAGCUCUCCUUUUGCGAUGCCUUCCUGCAGCUUCCCGCAAUCAGGUACAUGCAACACUUCCAGAAGACGCGUCCUACACUGCUGUGCGUGACUGUGUUUUGCGCAUAGAACGUCAACAGUACAAGUGGCAGGGUGUUGCAUACUUUGGGGAUCAUAGUGCAAGUACCGGUAGCGGCGACAAUGCUGUCCCCAUGGAGCUGGACAGAGUCAAAGGCAAGAGCAAAGGCAAAGCCAAAGGUGACAAGCAUGGACAGCAUGGCAAAGGAAAGGAUGCUCAGAGCAAAUCUAGAGAUUCCAAAGGUCAUGGCAAAGACAAGAACAAGGCCAAAGGUGGCAAACAAGGCAAAGCUAAGGAAGGCAAAGGCAAGGCUUCUGAUCGCCAGGCUGACUCCAACAAGUGUCUCUACUGCCAUAAGCAAGGCCACUGGAAGCGAGACUGCAGAAAAUACAAGGCUGACGUGCAAGCCGGCAAAGUGCAGGCAGUGGCUGAUGACACGUCAUCUACUGUGUCCACGGUUGCCCCUUCGCAUAGUGCAUCGAAUGUUGCUUCUGCCGUCACAGCCCCUCGAGGUCGCGUGGCCCGGAUUGGUGAGUUGCUAGACCUCACCGUGAUCGAUGAUGACAGUGACGUUCAAGUCUGCAUGAUCCAGUCUGAUGAACGAAGCCAGCCUGUUUGCUUUGAUAUCCAUGAUGCCUUCGAUCCGCCUGCUGCUGUGUGGGACAUAGUCUGUGAGUAUGAGCGCUUGGGUUUGCCAGGAGAUGUGCUUGCGCAUGCGACAGCGUCGUGCCCAGCUGUCACCGCUGUUGCAGAGCAUGUGAGCCACGUUCGUGCAGUGGUAGAGCCAUUCUUUGAAGACAUCAUUCUUGACUCAGGUGCAGACAUCAGUGCUCUCCCUGAUUCUUAUGCCUCCGUUGGAAAGGCUGCAGGGUCCUCUACACAGCGGUUCGUCGAUGCAUCAGGUAGGCCGUUGAAGUCCAAGGGGAUUCGCAUCGCCGAAGUGCAGAUUGGCUCUCUGAGGUUCAAAGAGAGGUUCUUGGUCGGAGGAGUCACGUGCCCCUUGCUUUCACUCGGGAAGCUGUACAAGGCUGGGUUCUAUGUGAUUCCUUGUGCAAGCAGCUCUAGUGGCUUUAUCUUGACCAAUGGCGAUGUGAGAGAACCUGUCAAGCUGAAACGCCAAUCCCUGUGUGCGACUGGAAAUGUUUGCGUGCUUCAUGAGCAGCCAAGCGCAGUGCUUCGAAAUCCGCUCAAUCAACUUGAUGGUUCUGGGGGGUGGCAACGCAUAGGGCACCGAUGCUACGCAUUACUGUCCUUUCAACAGUCAUACGUUGACACGACGCUGCUUCCGUUGAGUGAAUUACUUUGGUUUCGCACAACUCUCGUGCGCCGAGGCGGGGAGUGGUCGCUUCUUGAGUUUGCUGAAGAUGUUGCCGCUUUAGCUGAUCGCACGUUGCCUUUUGAGCACCAAGAUGUGGAGCAGGUGAUUACGAUUGCUUAUGAUGACAAGACUUUGAGUCCCAGCCAGUUGGGGUUUGACACGCCGGCACCGGCUGCUGAACCUGCUGAUGCUCCCAGCGCCUCUGCUGCGGCACCUGUGGUUUCUCCAGAGCAGGCUAAGGUGUCAGGUGAUGAUGGCGUCGGCGUCGGUGAUAUGCCCGAUCACCCUGUGCAAGCUGCUGACCAGGCUGCUCCGGUCGCCCCCGAUGGAGGCGAAGAUCAUCCUCACGAACGUGAAGCCGUUGACACUGUGACGGUCAGCGGUGUUGUCAUUGAUCGCAAUUCCUCGUUGCGUGUCAUGCGUGCUGCCCUUGUUUCUCUUGGCUUGGGCAAGAAUGGCUCCAAAAGCCAGUGCUGGGAGAGGUUAGUCCGACACAUCCGCGAAGCCGAGUUGUUGCGUGAGCACCAAGUUGACCACACUCUCCGCAGCGAGAGCAGUCGCCCUCCUGUGUCACCUCCAGUGGCACAAGUUCCUUCGGCGGAGGAUCGCACCCAGCACUCGCUCACUCACGAGCCUUAUGCAGCAUGGUGCGACACAUGCGUAAGGUUUCGAGGUCGUCAGGACAAGCACCCUACGGAGGCCCAGCAUGGCGACGGGUCGAGAUCCGUUGUGUCUUUCGACUUCGGCUAUUGCUCUCGUGAGAACAGUGAUGAUGCUGCAGAAGCCCGCGACAGGCUCACCGUCUUAUUUCUUCAUGAUAGGCACACCAAGGCGGUCCAUGCCGUGCCUACUGCACAGAAGGGUGGAAGUUCUCUCACUCAUCUUGUGACCGAGGCAGCGAGGUUUGUACUGUGGACAGGGCAUCGUUCUCUGAGGCUAAGGUGUGAUAAUGAACCAGCCAUUUUAGCGGUUCAGACUGGCUUGCUGAAAGCUUUGCGCAAUCUUGGGGUUGAUGUGUCACGUGACAACUCUCCGAUUGAGUCACACCAGUCAAACGGCCCCGUUGAGCAAGUUGUGUGCAGUGUUCGUCAGCAUGCAGCUGCCCUGAUGUAUGAUCUUGAGAAGGCUUGUGGAGCCUCUGAAGGGCAAGUGCUGUUCUCGCCUCAGCACCCGAUUUAUGGAUGGUCACUUUGUCAUGCGUGUUGGCUAAAGAACCGAUACACCCCCAUGCAUGGUACCACACCUUACGAGUCGGUGACAGACUCGGUGUACCGGGGAACAGUGUGCCGUUUCGGUGAACGGGUGCUUGGUUACUUGAAGCCUGAUGGCAAGUCUUCUGCCAGGUGGCGACAUGGACUGUGGCUAGGCAAAGCCGUUGGCAGUGACACACAUAUCAUUGGAGUGCCCGGCGGAGUGUUCGUGACGCGCUCGGUGCGUCGAUUCGACGACAGCUACGAUCCUGACUUAGCGUCAAGCUUUGAUGUGUGUGUUUGGGAGCAUGGCCUUUCUUCCAUUGGUGGCAAACUCGUGCUUGGUCGCAGGAAGCCCGCUGCCCCUGUGGUUGUGCCCGUGCCGGCUUACGUGGGCCCUGCACCUGAGCCGGGAACCGCUCCAGGUGCUGUGCAGUCCCCUUCGCAGAUCGCUGGGACCGACUCGCCUGUGUCUUCCAAAGUAAGUCUUCCUGUCAGUCCGUCUUAUGAGCCAAGCCUUCCAGGUGAUACAAGCGAGGCGGGGACUUCUCCUGUGUCGCCGGGGCCGAGCGUACACGCUUCUGAAAACCCUCCGGCACCUGUGAUCAGCGAUGACCUUCACUUGAGUGAGAAUCCUCGCCCUGCCAAGGUUGCAAAGAGGUCUGAUGUUGUGCCUGCAGGUGUAGAUGAUGCCGAGAUGGCCGUUGAAGGGCAAAUUUCGUUGGUGACCACUGAUGGCCAUGUUGUUGACGACGUCAGCGGGGUUUUGCUGACCUCAGGUGAAGAAUCCCCUUGCGUUGCCCAGAUCCUUCAAGUGAGUUACGAGCAUGAGGAUGAAAGCCCGAAUUUGGCUUUUGACGGUGAAACCUUAGAACUGCUUGAGAAUUAUGAUGAAGGGUUUCUAGAGGAUCAACAGGUUGAGGCCGAUCUUCAUCCUGAGCUGUGCUUGCCUCGCACUAACGACAGUGAGCCGGAUGUCUCUGCCGAUAAGCUCGCCUAUCUUGAUUCCUUAGCGGACCAGAUUGAAAUCUCUCGCCUUCAAGGAAUGGGUGUGCUGCUUGACAUGUCUGCUGCCAACAACGAAGACUAUGCGGGUCAGACGCCUACCAGACUGACAACGCGCAUGGUGCGCACAUGGCGCGAGAAAGAGUCUGGAGGUUGCCCUGUCUGGUACCGUCGAAGCCGCUACGUCGCCCGAGAGUAUGCAUGGCUCUCCGUUCGGCAUGACUUGUUUUCCCCUGCAAGCACAGCAGUGUCCAACAGAUUGUUGCCUAUCUACUUCUUGAAUCAUGAGCCUGACCCCGAUGAUCCCUGGGUCAUGGCAUCGAUCGAUGUGAGUGAUGCCUAUCUCACUGUCAAGCAAUCCAGGUUGGUCAUCGUCAAUCAUUGUGGCGUUGAUUUUGUCUUAGGCCGCGUCCUGCCAGGACAACGAGAGGGAUCCAAGGAAUGGUAUCUGGCGUUCUCUUCGUUUCUUGAUGAGGCUCUGAACUUCAAGAAGUGUGCGGCUCUCCCAUCUCUGAUCAGGGAGCCCUCUGGCAAGUUCAGUAUGCAAAUGCAUGUAGAUGAUUUGCUGGGUGCUGGAAGCAAACGCUACUUGUUUGAGACGUUGAAGCCCCAGCUUGAGUCCCGAUACCGAGUAAGCAUCAGCGUCCUUGAAUUCCCGGGAGAUUCCAUCUCCUUCCUGAAGCGACACCACACUCUUUUGUCAGAUGGCCGGGUGCUGUUGACUCCUUCUGCCAAGCAUUUUGAGAAACUGUUCAGCGUGAUGAAAAUCGAUGAGCGCAGCGCUUCUAAGAAGACGCCGUAUGCAGCAGUGCUUGAUGAAGCGGACAACAGUGAUCAUCUGCCAGCUGAUGAUGCCAAAGCCUUCAGGUGUGCCAUCGGCAUUCUGCUAUACCUUGCUGUGGACUUGGUCGAGUGUCAAGGGGCCAUUCGGGCUUUGAGCAGUUACAUGUCUGCGCCGACGCGCAAAGCUCAGGCGGCCCUCAAGCAUCUGCUGAAAUACUUGUUGGAAGGCCAGCACCACGGCCUCAUCUUGGAUCGCAAGGAUCGUCACUGUGGCAUUUCAGGUCAGGUUGCCCCUUCCGAUGCUAUGUGCAUCGAGUCCUACUCCGAUGCAGACUGGGCCACUCACAAAGGCAACAGGAGGUCUGUCAGCUCGAGCAUGGUGUUCGUUUCUGGCUGCCUUUUGUAUAGCAGCGCUCGCACGCAGCGCGUGAUCGCCUUGAGUAGCGGUGAAGCCGAGCUGUUAUCUGCCACUUCGUCCUUAUGUGAUGCUUUGUUUAUCAGACAACUCGUCGCCUUCAUCUGUGACACCGAUCUUCCUUCGAUUUAUCAUUACACAGAUGCUUCAGCUGCGAAAUCAAUGAUGGAACGCAGUGGAGUCGGACGUGUGCGCCAUCUUUCAGUGCGUGUCCUGUGGACUCAGCAGCUUGUUGCCGAGAAGGUUGUUGUCCUUGGAAAGGUAGCCACGGAUGUCAAUGUGGCGGAUCUCAACACGAAGUGCCUCUCGAGGCACCGUAUGUUGAUGUUGCUCAACUUGCUGGGAGGAUGGGACACUCUUCAUGACCGCCCUGUUGGAGAGGAUGAAAUUUCUGAAGUGCGCUACAAGCAGGCCAUGAAGGAUGCAGUGCGUGCGGUGAGAUCUUCCACUUCGUCCGUUGCAGUGAACAAGCAACUGCUCAGGGGCAUCGUCAUCGCCGUUGCUAGCGCCUUGAGUCGUGCUGCGGAUGACAACGUCGGCGGUGGCGAUGGUGGCGAUGAUUUCCAAUCUGACGAGACAGAGAUCCCUGAGUGGGUUAAUCGAGUGUUGGUGUGGAUCCUUGGCUUAUGGGUGCGCGAUGACAGUGGCACUUCCAUUGCAAACAUGGUGAUGAAUCAUGCAACUGCUUUGUGCAUCAGCGUUCUCAUGCUGAUGUUGCUGAUGUACCUGUGGUGGUGCAGAGGCUCACAGGUGAGGCAAGUGCAGGUCCAGAUCGAAGAUCGCGGGCACCAGCAUAACUCUGUGUCAGUGCGGUUCAACCGAGAUUUGAACGUACAUGUUGGCUUAACUGCCCCUGGAACCCCUGCACCUGGAACCCCUGCAAAUCCUUUGCAAUGUGAAACUGAUGAUGAUGGAGCUGCGAGCCCUCCACACGUCAUGUCUGCAAUGCGUAAAGGUGCACGGUCCAAGGCAUCCACCAGGCCAGGUCCAAGGUUUGAGCAUGCAUCGUCCAGUGAUGCACCAGGUCCAAGGUUUGAACAUGCAUCGUCCAGUGAUGCGCCGGGUCCCUUUGCACAUGUGUCUCCAACGCCAUCGCCAGCAGCGGCACCCGUGACGCCGUUCUCCCGCAGUGGCUCUGAGGUGUCUACCAGAUCCUUCAGAGAAGCUCAUGGCUUUCAGGUUGCCAAGGCAAGGCGAAUGCAACACGCCGAGAAUACCGUGUGGGGCACUGUGUAUGGCAAGUGCUAUCACAAGUUGUCGUGCUUCAAGCUUGAUAAUUGUGAUCGUGUGCUGCGCUACAACAUCCAUGCAGCCAUCGAGAAGGGACUGCGCGCAUGCAAGAAGUGCAAUCCGUGA